AUGUAUUUGCAGGUGUUUUGUGGUAGGUGUUGCAGGCCUCUCUUACGGUGUCAUUAUCUCACCUAACAUGCAUGUCUCUCCCCUCCCCUCUCCCUCGCUCGCUCUCUCUCUCUCUCUCUCUCUCUCUCUCUCUCUCUCUCUCUCUAUCGCUCUCUCUCUCUCUCUCUCUCUCUCUCUAUCGCUCUCUCCCUCCCUCUUUCUCUUCCUAUCCUAUUUGCCUUCCCUUCACCUCCUCCCUCCUCCCCCUCUUCCUUAGUCCCUCACACAGGCCUGACCACUGCAGAGUACUACCACCAGAUGGCUCUUCUGGCGGGCCACCGUAGCCCCUACACAGACCUCCUCCCCUCCGUGGCGUCCACGGCCGGAGCCACCAGCAGCGCCCUGCACAUGGAGUAUCUACAGGCCAUGGAGAGUAAGUCUGCACUGCACUGAGCUCAACAUACUGACCCAAACUUUCAAAUUCAAUGGCUAUGUGUGUGUGUGUGUGUGUGUGUGUCUGAAUAUUACAGAUAGGUGUAAUAUUCUCCCUGCACUAUCUACGUCAAUCUGUUUUAAAUGGAGCAAAAUAACAAUCCUACCAAACGAGGAAGGAGUAGCAAGCGAUUCUAAACUGACAUAAUUUAAAUGAGCCAUUGUCUUAAUGUGCCGGGCUCAGGACUGCCUGUGCAGAGGACUUAUGCUAAUGAGUUAUUUUAAAGUGUAAAUAGGAAAUUAAAGGCACACUGAAUCUUAGGGAAGGUCAGACAGCCUCACCCCUCUCCCUUUGAUGAGAAGGUAUUUAGUCAGCCAGCCGUCGCUUUCAUGGAAAUCCGGGGUGAAGUCACCCCCCUAUUCCUCCGAACAAACUAAUUAAAACUAGCCAAACUUGCACGGCUAUCAGAAAAUUAAUUGCUAUUAACUGGGAAUUGGAAUGUCUCACCAUUCAUCAUCACAGGGAGAAAUCCUUUCUUCUGUGUCAACGUUUAAGAUUAAUAGAGUGAAACAAAACAAUUAGGGCCACAGUUUCAAAUGGGAGAUGAUGCCGCGGCUAUGCUAGCUCUUCACUACUUCACAAUCGCCUGUGAUCAUUGCCGGUAAUAACUCGUUGCGUUUCAACAAUGUGUGUUCCACACACACGGCAGGAAAAUUAACACUUUAAAGCUCUUCCUUUGUGAGAUAUAGAUUUUAGAGGAGAAAAAAAGGCAUAAAGAGUGUGGCGUUAUCAUAUCAAGAGGUUUUGGCUAAUAAUGGGGCCUAGUUGCGUCGAAGCUAGCAUAGUUUCAGUCAGUCUACAUCAAUGUAAUUAACUUAGGUGAGAGCCUGGUUAAUGAAACAAUGGUGCUGUCUUGGCUGUUUGGGGCUUUAAUGGGCCAUUGUCACAUGUUUUUACGCUCUAAUUAGCUAGCGCUAUGCUAACAUCUGUAUUUUGGCUGUAUAAUUAGCUAUUUGGCAAUUUUUUCAUUAGAAUAGUUUGUCAUGUUUUUUACCUGAGGAAAUUGUAAGCUUACUGAUCAAAAGAUCACAUCCUUCCAACCGUCGAUUGAACCCUAAGAACGACAGUGUUUUAUUUAAUUAAAUUCAGUUGAGGUAGUGGUUGGACAGUAUAGCAGUGUUAGUUUUCAUAUUGCUGCUAGUUUAGGGUUAUGAUUUAUCAUGUAGGAUAUGUCCAGCGUAUUGUUUGGAGGAGGAGAGGAGAUGGGGAGAGGAGAGGUGUUGUGAGAGGGCCAGAUGCCUCUCAGGUGGCCCUAUUUUGGGGGUUUUGGGCUCCAAGCUCAUGGUUUAUUUUUUACUGCCGUCAGUCAGUCUAGCCUGUCUGGUCCCUCCCUGUCCCGUUCGUGUGAAUUAAUGACGCUGUGCCUAACCAGCCGACCCAUCCAUAAAUCACAGGGAAAUUAGAGGGACACUCCGGCUACCCCGCUACGGGCCGCGACGCUCCCCUCUCCCUCUCUUCUACCUCUCCCUCUCCUCUCCUCCUGGUUGGGCCAUUUAUCAUGUGGCUGCAGCAUUAAUAAACUCAACUCCCAGGAGGCCCUGCUGUGAUGGGACUGCCCCCCUCCUCUACCCCCUCUGCAGUUCAUUCACCCCCCUCCUAACUCACCACAGGUGGAAGCAGUCCCUCACCCGUGGACCAGGGGCGUAGUUUUUAAGAGGUUCGUUACAGAGAGAUGCAGGGGAUGUGGUUUGUGAGAGCGUGUCACAGGUCGACCAGGGGGUAGGAGUUUGACUGAGAAGUGUGGUUAUCGCAGGUUUACGAGAGGCAGUGUUUGUGUGAAUACAGCUGGAUUUCCGAGGAACAAAUUCCUCAAGUGACAAACAUAUUUCCUGAGAUGUAUUGUGUGUCAGAGAUUGCAUGUAUGUACAGUGGGGAGAACAAGUAUUUGAUACACUGCCGAUUUUGCAGGUUUUCCUACUUACAAAGCAUGUAGAGGUCUGUAAUUUUUAUCAUAGGUACACAUCAACUGUGAGAGACGGAAUCUAAAACAAAAAUCCAGAAAAUCACAUUGUAUGAUUUUUAAGUAAUUAAUUUGCAUUUUAUUGCAUGACAUAAGUAUUUGAUACAUCAGAAAAGCAGGACUUAAUAUUUGGUACAGAAACCUUUGUUUGCAAUUACAGAGAUCAUACAGUUUCCUGUAGGUCUUGACCAGGUUUGCACACACUGCAGCAGGGAUUUUGGCCCACUCCUCCAUACAGACCUUCUCCAGAUCCUUCAGGUUUCGGGGCUGUCGCUGGGCAAUACGGACUUUCAGCUCCCUCCAAAGAUUUUCUAUUGGGUUCAGGUCUGGAGACUGGCUAGGCCACUCUAGGACCUUGAGAUGCUUCUUACGGAGCCACUCCUUAGUUGCCCUGGCUGUGUGUUUCGGGUCGUUGUCAUGCUGGAAGACCCAGCCACGACCCAUCUUCAAUGCUCUUACUGAGGGAAGGAGGUUGUUGGCCAAGAUCUCGCGAUACAUGGCCCCAUCCAUCCUCCCCUCAAUACGGUGCAGUCGUCCUGUCCCCUUUGCAGAAAAGCAUCCCCAAAGAAUGAUGUUUCCACUUCCAUGCUUCACGGUUGGGAUGGUGUUCUUGGGGUUGUACUCAUCCUUCUUCUUCCUCCAAACACGGCGAGUGGAGUUUAGACCAAAAAGCUCUAUUUUUGUCUCAUCAGACCACAUGACCUUCUCCCAUUCCUCCUCUGGAUCAUCCAGAUGGUCAUUGGCAAACUUCAGACGGGCCUGGACAUGCGCUGGCUUGAGCAGGGGGACCUUGCGUGCGCUGCAGGAUUUUAAUCCAUGACGGCGUAGUGUGUUACUAAUGGUUUUCUUUGAGACUGUGGUCCCAGCUCUCUUCAGGUCAUUGACCAGGUCUGCCGUGUAGUUCUGGGCUGAUCCCUCACCUUCCUCAUGAUCAUUGAUGCCCCACGAGGUGAGAUCUUGCAUGGAGCCCCAGACCAAGGGUGAUUGACCGUCAUCUUGAACUCCUUCCAUUUUCUAAUAAUUGCGCCAACAGUUGUUGCCUUCUCACCAAGCUGCUUGCCUAUUGUCCUGUACAUGCUUUGUAAGUAGGAAAACCUGCAAAAUCGGCAGUGUAUCAAAUACUUGUUCUCCCCACUGUAUGUGCGGGAGGCAUUUGUGUGUUUGUAUGUGUGAGUGUGUGUGUGUGUGUCCCCAACCCCCCUCUCUGAGACGUCAAAGAGACAGAGGCAGGUUUCUAUAGAGGCCAGAGCAGAGACAAUGUAGAGAGGUUCCUCUCUCCUCUCUUCCUCGAGCUCCAUGCUCUAAAUACAGGCCUACGUAUGCCAGGAACUUCACCACACACACACACAGGCACACACACACACAGGCAGACACACACACACAUAUAUACAACUGAUUUCCAUGUGAAUGGAGGCCUCCGUAAUCGCUGGAUGUGUCAGGCGAGAGCGAGCGUUUGAAUUUGAGGGAGGGAAGGAUGGAAGGAGCGAGACAGGGAAGAAGGGAGUGAGUACAGGGUAAGCUGGUUUUGUUUGCCCACGACAAAAUAGAAAAGAAAAACAGCUGAAAUGUUUUCCCUACCGAGUCUGAGUCACAAAGUCAUUGUGUCAGUUCACGCACAAAGCGCAACAUCCCCUCAGUGUAUUUUCUCUGUUUUUUCUCCUCCCUCCGCUUCUUUACUUCUCCCUCUGUUUUUCCCUGUCUUGUUUGUGACAUCUCAGAGUGAAAAUACAACAAAAGUAAUUUCUUAAUCUGUACAUGCGGCUCAUUGUGUGUGGAGAGAGAAAGAGAGAAAGCAAUAGAGAGAGGCAGUGUUGUUGGCGGCUUGGUACCUUUUCAAAGCCACUCAUAGUAUUUCCAUUCAACAUUGACUGCAUUUGAAUACUUGAUUGCCAUAACCCAGUCAGUAAAGAGCUUUGACAUAAAAGGCAUCCCUGUGUUGUCUUGUAUGAAGUUCAUCCAUUGCACACUUUCAUUCAAAAUAGUUUUUUGUGAGAUAACCUUUUGUUUGUUGAUUGGAUUGAAUUAGGUAAGUCUUAGUCAGUGAAGCUCACUCUAUGGCCCCUCUAUGUUUGCCUGUGGUUAAAGCAAAAGUAGGCUACAAUGCUAUAAAAGCACUCAUAAAGAUAAGACAAACCAAUAAGACAAGCCAACAAAUAAACAUACAAAACCAGUAUAUGAUUAAACACAAUAGAUUAAUUAAUCUCUCUCUUUCACCUACUAAGUUUCUAUCCAAAGAGGUUCUGUGGACUGCAACUUCUUUGGGUCUAAUGUCUCUACUCUAUUGCCGUCCUCUCCUGCAGGCUCUCGGUUCCCCAGCCCCAGGCUGACGGCGAGGCCCAGUCGGAAGCGGGCCCUGCCCAUUUCUCCCCUGUCGGAGCACAGCUUCGACCUGCAGACCAUGAUCCGCAGCUCGCCAAACUCCCUGGUCACCAUCCUCAACAACUCCCGCUCCAGCUCCUCCACCAAUGGCUCUUACGGACACCUCUCUGCCGGGGCCAUCAGGUACGGGAUAAGGCUUGCAAAAUUCCAGUAACUUUCCCCAAAUUCCCAGUUUUUCCAGAAAUUCUGGUUGGAUGAUUCCCGGAUAUCCUGCCUAUUCCUUCCUGAUUUCAGCGAUUUCUGGAAAACUUGGGAAUUCUGGGAAAGUCAGGUACAGGACGAUAAAAAGGACCAACAUCCUUCGGUCUCUCUGGAGGGCUGUGGGUAAGGGGAAGGAGUGGAUGGAGGGCCUGGGGCAGAGCCUAUGUUUGUGUGGGAUGUUGUUCUAGUGGAGGUGGGGGGAUGCAUUAGGAUGUGGUGGACUAGUGAGGUUUCCCAAGGAAAGGCAAACCACAUGGGAGGAGGGCUGGCUAGAGCCAAUGGAGUUGGCUAUACAGCACAAACAGAUUUGGCACCAGGCUACUGUGUGUGUGUGCGCGCGUGCUUGUGUGUGUCUCCUCUGCGCCCCAUCUCCUGGUGGGCCUUGUCCACCUAUUUACCCAGCCUACCCGGCGGCAUGUGUCAGUCAUCCACACACCCUCCCAAACACCACUCCCCUGAUACACACUAUCACCGAAAUGACAGAGAAAGAAAAAGAGAGAAAAAGAGAGAGGGAGAUCCAUAGUCCUACCCGGAGCCAUUGAUCAGCGAUCUGAAAGGAGAACCUGAUCAAUCACAAGCCACUGUGGCCCAUGUGACAGGGCCAAUGAUAGGGCCCCCAGACUGAUGAGUGAUAUGACAAGCGGAUGGGCCCCCAAAUGCGUCUCGGCCCAUUGAUUUCCACUCAGUGCCUGUAAUAAGCUCAGCAGACAUAUGGGUCCGGGCUGAGAGGCUGAGAACAGGCGUCAGGGAGGCAGGAUGAAUGGAGGCCCACCACGCGUGACUGCUAUUGAACCAUAGAGACUUGUGUUUACCUGGUGCUACCUGUGUUUAUAGAGAGAGCUUAUACAGGAGAGUGGGCGGUUUGGAUUCUGUUCUAAUCUAUGGUGUAUGUAAACACCCUAGCCUUAAUGUAGAUCUAUGGGGAAGGAAGGUUACCAAUGAUCUAGGUCUUUUCACAGUAGGGGAAAGCUAGCAUGCAGACUGUGCAAUGUGAAGUGACUGUAGUUAUAGACUAGGCCUGCUUUAUAUUGUUGAGUUUGUACACAGUGGAGAGAUGUAGUAUAACUAAAGUUGCACAUUUCUAAGGUUCCCUACAUUUUUCACAGAUUUACUGCUUAUCCUUCUGAUUCCGGGAAUCCGCAAACAGGGAUUUCCAGAAAACCUUGGAAUUUUGAGAAAGUUAAAAACAUUUGCAGCUCUAAGUAUAACCUUGAUUUUUUUGAUUUUUUUAGCCUUGAUUUUACCAGGCAGGUCAAUUAAGAACAAAUUUUUAUUUACAAUGACGGCCUGGCAAGGGACCACAACAGUAAUUCACGGUGCUAACAAGCUGAACAUUCAUUGCCAGGGAUCUGCCUUGGGUCCUGUGGCUCCAGUGUUACAACAGCAUCACAACUCCUGUCAAAUUGUCCUCAGGGAUGAGGAGCUAGCCCAACAUUUUUUCUCUUUUUCCCUCAUUUUGCCUCGGUGCCAUUGCAAUUGCCAUUUCAAAUACAUCAGAAUGUAGUUUGAUAGAGGUACAGUAAUUGAUCAUUUGAUAAAUACUGAUCAUGGGAAAAGGUUGUUGAAAAAAAAUCCAGCACCUGCACAAAGCCUUGUUGUAUGUUGUUGUAUGUUUCUCGUCAACCAAAUACUAAUCAUGAUAUUGUUUCCCUCCAGUCCGGCUUUGAGUUUCUCCUACCCUCCCACCCCCGUGGCACUUCAGAUGCACCAGCAGCUGCUUGGUCGGCAACCAGGGAUGGUGGGUUCUGCAUUCGGCCACAGUCCGCCCCUCAUCCACCCCUCCCCGGCCUUCGCCACCCAGCGUCCUGUCCCGGGCAUCCCUCCCCUUGGCCUGACCCCCAGCGAGCGCUCCGUCAUCUCCAAUGACUCCUCACAGGUGAGACACUUCUCCCUCCACCGCAGCAGAAGCCUCUGCUAUUCAUCAUCACAGGUAAUAGAUAGCGCUGCCAUGUUCUAGCCGCGCGCCAGCAGCGUCCAGGGUAGCCUAUACAGGUACAAGGCUCAGACAGGAAGAAGUAGAAGCAGGCCCCUCCGCGCUCUGGCCUCAUGGGAGUUGCGGUCCCUUGGAUGUGUUGUUUUGGACUGGGAACGUCGUUCCGGAACGUUCUGUUUCACGUGAGAAACAACAAGGGGCUUGUUAGCAUAGGAUCCCACCACUGACACCAUUAAUCACACAGGAGGAAUACAAGGGUUAAAACUGGAAUAUUGACAUGGAUGGAUGGAUCCCACGGUGUUCCCUUUUAUCUCUCUCCAUUCCUAAUGUAUGUGGGGGCUUGCAUUUAAAGCAAAUAUUCAAUUAUUCCUCUUUAUUUAUUCCUUCCAAUUUUGGGGGGAUUUUUUUAACAUGGCAUCUGGUACGUUCCUCACCCUCUGCUGUUCCUAGUUGUGUUAGAGAACUAUGUAAACAAUAUUCACAAAACGUUCCACCAUUCUGUCCAAUGCUGGGGAAACAACCAGAAUCAUAUACUACCUUGCAUUUCAUAUACUACCAAUUAAAUUUGUUCUAUUAGACUAGUUACACAGAUACGAGCCAAGGAAUCUUUCCAGGCCAGUUCAGCUUUCCUUGUUAAUGUUUUAUUUCUGGCUCGCCUGCCUUGUAACAGGGCCAGGACCAGUCAAGCCAGAGUCAGGUCAUCCAAAGGUGAAGCCGGAUAGACAACCCCUGUAUAAAAUCAUUGGCUUAAUAAAUUGCCUCGAAUUUAAUAGACAACAAGCUGUAUUAUGCUUCCUUUUAGUAGGAUAAACUAGAUCCCUUGAACAGUAUUAAACAGGAUGCCAUCAUACAAUUGAACGUAAAUGUUAAUUUAUGCUCAUCAUUUAUGGUCAUUCUAUCAUAUAGUAUGUUGAAGUGAAGUUAUUGUGGUUGUUCCCACAGACCAAACCCACUAGUGAGUCAGCGGUGAGCAGCACUGGGGACCCCAUGCACCACAAACGCUCCAAGAUCAAACCGGACGAGGAGCUACUCAGCCCAGGGGCCGUAUGUUGCCAGGUGAAUGUAACUUCUCCACCAUUUAUCAUGUAGUCCAAUGACCAGACAUUCUUAUCCAGUAUUAGAAAAAGGGGUAUGUUUAUGGUAUUAUAUGCUAGAAGACGAGAUGAGGAUAAUGAACUGAUUUGAUGGUUUACCGCAUCGGCAGCCAUAGAAUAGCAUGUGGUGUUUGUACUGUUAAAUUCUGUUCACACAGCGCAUAAACAGGUGUGCACACAUACACACACUCAGUCAUUCACUCAGAUGGAGAGCUUUGGGGCCAAUUAUGUGACGUACUGUAAAACUAUUUAUUUAUUUGCCUGUUUCAUUCGGCUGCUUGUUCAGGCUGCCGCCUCAGAAGCGAUAAGCCACAUUGAUCUUGGAGGCACCAGAAGGAAAUUGUUUUCCUUUUAAUCAGAUGCUUAAGUGAAUGGAAAAAAUAAAAGAGAAAUUAGACUGCAUGUUUUCUAAAGGGCUCUCUGUGUGCUUUUGUCUGGAAUGAUGCCUCUAAAAGUGACUCUGUGCGCAUACAAUGGAAGCAAGCCUGUAGACUCAGAGAUCCACAUUCUGUGAAUGAAACUCUUUUCUCUGAUCUCUCUCUCACACACUCUCUGUUUCUCUCCAUCUCUCUCUACCUCCCUCUACUUGUCUUUUUUUCUGCUGUCAUGCUUUUCCCUUUAAAGCCUAGCGCCAUGGCUGGUAGGUACUAGCAGUAGACCGAGGUGGUUUUUACGAACCAUAACUUUGCCAGAGAGAAACCUUGUACACCCUAGGCUCCCGUGUUACAGUCUCCGGUACUCUCCAGGCUGCCCAGUCAUGUAAUGUUAACGGUGACAGUGAAAUAUGUCUAGACUAAUGGGGCAAGCUAGAGCAGGAAGAGGGGGUUAGAUUCCUGGAAUACUCAGCUCAGACCUGUCGUAGAUCAACUCCCAACACAGAGCAGAGCUUUCAGCGCUACAUUUCUGCUCCCAGACUCACGUUUUACUCCCUGUGUGCUGAACAAGGCCAGAUUCACACGAUAACACCGGUGGAAAUGUGUAACCGAAUCAGCCUGGUUGGUUAGGGGAGGGUAGAGUAGGGGGAGAGAACGUUUUGGUUGUGAUAUGACUGUGGACUUGACUCAAGAGUGUUGUAAGGAUGUCUGUGAAUAUCAUGUAUAACCACAGUCUUUUACUUAAACAUAUAUAUUUUUUCAUCCCCAUAAAUUCUGAGAUUACAUGGUCUUACUUACUGUAUACAAUAUUUCAACUUUGGUUGUUCUCUGCGCUCUUACUCUUCUCAAGUGUCUCAACGGUUAAUCUCUUGGAUAAUCAGGUACAUUUAGUAAAAAAACACCUGACAAAAUAGAGGUGGAAGGUUAAAUAAUGGAUCUAUUGCCUGUCAGUAAAGUGUUUUUUGAUUUUGAUUUAUUAGGAUCCCCAUUAGCCGACGCCAAUGGCGAAAGCCAGUCUUACUGGGGUCCGACACAUAACGAAAAAGACAUUACAGACAAAAGGCUUGACAAUUUACAUAUAUUUAAAAACAUGAACAUGUAGUGUGUGUAUGUGUGUGUAUGUGUGUGUGUGUGUGUGUGUGUGUAUGUGUGUGUGUGCAUCUAUCAGUUACACAUACAUGUCAGUACAUACCCACAACAAGUAGGUCACAUGGGGGAGCGGUGUUGUGCCAUGAGGUGUUGCUUUAUUUGUUUUUUGAAACCAGGUUUGCUGUUCACUUGCGCUAUAAAAAAUGGAAAGGAGUUCCAUGCACUUAUGGCUCUGUAUAAUACUGUUUCCUUGAAUUUUUUCUGGACCUGGGGACUGUGAAAGGAAUCCUGGUGGCAUGUCUGGUGGGGUAAAUGUGUGUGUCAGUGCUGUGUGUAAGUUGACUAUGCAAACAAUUUGGAAUUUCCAACACAUACAUUUUUCCACAAAAAAAAUGUCAGUCUUUCCUCAACUCUCAGCCAAGAUAGACUGGCAUGCAUAGUAUUAAUAUUAGCCCUCUGAUUACAAUGAAGAGCAAGACGUGCCACUCUGUUCUGGGCCAGCUGCAGAUUAACUAGGUCUUUCUUUGCAGCACUUGACCAUAUGACUGGACAAUAAUCAAGAUAAGAUACAACUAGAGCCUGCAGGACUUGCUUUGUGGAGUGUGGUGUCAAAAAAGCAGAGCUUUAUUACGGACAGACUUCUCCCCAUCUUUACAACCAUUGAAUCUAUAUUUUUUUACCAUGACAGUUUACGAUCUAAGGUAACACCAAGUAAUUUAGUCUCCUCAACUUGUUCAACAGCCACACCAUUCAUUACCAGAUUCAGCUGAGGUCUAGAAUUUAGGGAAUGAUUUGAACCGAAUACAAUGCUCUUAGUUUUAGAGAUGUUCAGGACCAAUAUAUUACUGACCACCGAUUCCAAAGCAGACUGCAACUCUUUUUCUUUCAGUGACUUCAUCAGCUGUGGUUGCUGAUGCAUAUAUGGUUGAAUCAUCAUCAUACAUGGACACACAUGCUUUGUUUAAUGCCAGUGGCAGGUCAUUGGUAAAAAUAGAAAAGAGUAGAGGGCCUAGAGAGCUGCCCUGCGGUACACCACACUUUAAAUAUUUGACAUUAGAGAAGCUUCCAUUAAAGAAAACCCUCUGAGUUCUAUUAGAUAGAUAGCUCUGAAUCCACAAUAUGGCAGAGGUUGAAAAACCACAACACAUACGUUUUCUCAAGAACAGGUUAUGGUCAUUAAUAUCAAAGGCUGCACUGAACAGUGCAGCUCCCACAAUCUUCUUAUUAUCAAUUUCUUUCAACCAAUCAUCAGUCAUUUGUGUCAGCGCAGUACAUGUUGAAUGCCCUUCUCUAUAAGCAUGCUGAAAGUCUGUUGUUAAUUUGUUUACAGAGAAAUAGCAUUGUAUUUGGUCAAACAAUUUUCAAAGAGCUGGCAGCAAGCUGAUAGGUCUGCUGUUAGAACCAGUAAAGGACACUUUACCACUCUUGGGUAGCAGAAUGACUUUGGCUUCCCUCCAGGUCUGAGGACAAAUACUUUACUCUAGGCUCAGAUUAAAGAUAUAACAGAUAGGAGUGGCUAUAGAGUCAGCUAAGUUGUCAAUGCCAGGAGGUUUGUCAUUAUUGAUUGAUAACAAUAAUUGUUCCACCUCUCCCAAACUAACUGUACAAAAUUCAAACUUACAAUGCCUUUCUUUCAUUAUUUGUUUUUUAUGCAUGAGUAAGAUGGCUCACUGUUCGUUGUUGUCAUUUCCUGCCUAAGGUUUCCCACUUUGCCAAUGAAGUAAUCAUACAUUUAAUUGACAACAUCAAAUGGUUUUUUGAUGAAUAAGCCAUCUGAUUCGAUGAAAGAUGGAUUUGAAUGAGUCUUUCUGCCCAUCAUUUCAUUUAAAGUACUCCAAAGUUUUUUUUCCAUAAUUCUUUAUAUCAUUGAUCUUGGCUUCAUAAUAAAGUGUAUUCUUCUUUUUGUUGAGUUUAGUCAAUUCACUUCUCAAUUUGCAGUACGUCAGCCAGUCAGAUGUGCAGCCAGACUUAUUAGCCACUCCUUUUGCCCCAUCUCUUUCAACCAUACAGUUUUUCAUUUCCUCAUCAAUCCAUGGAGCGUUAACAGUUUUAACAGUCACUUUCUUAACAGGUGCAUGUUUAUCAGUAAUUGGAAGAAGCAAUUUCAUAAAUUCCUCAAGUGCAGCGUCUGGAUGCUCCUUAUUAAUCACAACAGACCAACAAAUAUUUGUAACAUCAUCCACAUAAGAGUCACAGCAAAAUAUUUUGUAUGAUCUCUUAUAUACUUUUUUAGGCCCAGCUUUUGGAACUUUCCUGGAUAUAGCCACUAUAUUGUGAUCACUGCAUCCAAUGGGUACGGAUACAGCUUUAGAACGAAGUUCUACAGUAUUAGUAAAAAUGUGAUCAAUACAUGUGGAUGAUCUUGUUCCUGUGUUUGUAGACACCCUGGUAGGUUGAUUAAUAACCUGAACCAGAUUACAGGCACUGGUUACAGUGAGAAGCUUCCUCUUAAGUGGAUAGCUUGAUGAAAACCAGUCAAUAUUCAGGUCCUCCAGAAAGUAUACCUCUCUGUUUACAUCACAUACACUAUCAAGCAUUUCACACAUAUUAUUUAGAUACUGACUGUUAGCACUUGGUGGCCUAUAGCAACACCUCAAAAGAAAAAGCUUUAGAUGUGCAAGGUGAACCUGCAACCACAACACUUCAAUAACACUUGACAUAAGAUCUUCUCUAAGCAUUACAGGGAUAUGGCUCUGAAUAUAUACAGCAACACCUCCACCAUAAGCAUUCUUGUCUCUUCUAUAGAUUUUAUAUCACUGUAUUGCUACUGGUGUAUCAUCAAAUUAAUUAUCUAAAUGUGUCUCAGAAAUGGCUAAUAUAUGUAUGUUAUCUGAUGUUACCAAGUUAUUGAUUUCAUUAACCUUAUUUCUAAGACUACAUAUACAGUGAGGGGAAAAAAGUAUUUGAUCCCCAGCUGAUUUUGUACGUUUGCCCACUGACAAAGACAUGAUCAGUCUAUAAUUUUAAUGGUAGGUUUAUUUGAACAGUGAGAGACAGAAUAACAACAAAAAAAUCCAGAUAAACGCAUGUCAAACAUUUUAUAAAUUGAUUUGCAUUUUAAUGAGGGAAAUAAGUAUUUGACCCCUCUGCAAAACAUGACUUAGUACUUGGUGGCAAAACCCUUGUUGGCAAUCACAGAGGUCAGACGUUUCUUGUAGUUGGUCACCAGGUUUGCACACAUCUCAGGAGGGAUUUUGUUCCACUCCUCUUUGCAGAUCUUCUCCAAGUCAUUAAGGUUUCGAGUCUGACGUUUGGCAACUCGAACCUUCAGCUCCCUCCACAGAUUUUCUAUGGGAUUAAGGUCUGGAGACUGGCUAGGCCACUCCAGGACCUUAAUGUGCUUCUUCUUGAGCCACUCGUUUGUUGCCUUGGCCGUGUGUUUUGGGUCAUUGUCAUGCUGGAAUACCCAUCCACGACCCAUUUUCAAUGCCCUGGCUGAGGGAAGGAGGUUCUCACCCAAGAUUUGAUGGUACAUGGCCCCGUCCAUCGUCCCUUUGAUGCAGUGAAGUUGUCCUGUCCCCUUAGCAGAAAAACACCCCCAAACCAUAAUGUUUCCACCUCCAUAUCUGACGGUGGGGAUGGUGUUCUUGGGGUCAUAGGCAGCAUUCCUCCUCCUCCAAACACGGCGAGUUGAGUUGAUGCCAAAUAGCUCGAUUUUGGUCACAUCUGACCACAACACUUUCACCCAGUUCUCCUCUGAAUCAUUCAGAUGUUCAUUGGCAAACUUCAGACGGCCCUGUAUAUGUGCUUUCUUGAGCAGGGGGACCUUGCGGGCGCUGCAGGAUUUCAGUCCUUCACGGCGUAGUGUGUUACCAAUUGUUUUCUUGGUGACUAUGGUCCCAGCUGCCUUGAGAUCAUUGACAAGAUCCUCCUGUGUAGUUCUGGGCUGAUUCCUCACCGUUCUCAUGAUCAUUGCAACUCCACGAGGUGAGAUCUUGCAUGGAGCCCCAGGCCGAGGGAGAUUGACAGUUAUUUUGUGUUUUUUCCAUUUGCGAAUAAUCGCACCAACUGUUGUCACCUUCUCACCAAGCUGCUUGGCGAUGGUCUUGUAGCCCAUUUCAGCCUUGUGUAGGUCUACAAUCUUGUCCCUGACAUCCUUGGAGAGCUCUUUGGUGUUGGCCAUGGUGGAGAGUUUGAAAUCUGAUUGAUUGAUUGCUUCUGUGGACAGGUGUAUUUUAUACAGGUAACAAGCUGAGAUUAGGAGCACUCCCUUUAAGAGUGUGCUCCUAAUCUCAGCUCGUUACCUGUAUAAAAGACACCUGGGAGCCAGAAAUCUUUCUGAUUGAGAGGGGGUCAAACACUUAUUUCCCUCAUUAAAAUGCAAAUCAAUUUAUAACAUUUUUUACAUGCGUUUUUCUGGAUUUUGUUGUUGUUAUUCUGUCUCUCACUGUUCAAAUAAACCUACCAUUAAAAUGAUAGACUGAUCAUUUCUUUGUCAGUGGCAAACGUACAAAAUCAGCAGGGGAUCAAAUACUUUUUUCCCUCACUGUAAUAAUAUGGGCUAUUGUCAGCCCUUUACUGGGUAGCUUAUCAGAGAUAGACAUAAUAUGGAAAAGAGCAAACAAAGCAAGAGAAAAGUAUAUACAUUCAGCAGUAGAUGAAUCAGUUGGUGUGGGUAAGUGUGUGUGUGUGCUUUGGGGUUGAAGUUACGAACCAAUAGGCUUGGCGCUCUCAUCCCUUCCAGGCUUUUUUGAGGGAGGGUGGACAAUGAGCCUGUCAUAGCGGAUGUAAGCAAUGUCCCGACGUGCUCUGGCAGCUUUCAUGGCUGGGAUAAGUUCUUUCCUCUUCAGCUUCAGGAUAGUCCUUGUUGAGGAAGAUGUACAUUCCUCUGAAGUUCUUGGCUCUUUCCAGAACAGCUACCUUGUCCUUGAACCUCAGGAACUUGACCACUAUUGGUCUGUGCCUGUCACCUGGGCUAGUGGUGGGGUUUCCAGUCAUGUGGGCGCGCUCCACCUCAAUCUUCCCGUGGUCUCGUGUGGAAAUUCUGCAAUUCCAUCCACAACAAUGUUGUUCCGCCUUGAUUGUCCCUCGAGAUAAUCAGAUUUCUCCGUCAUUGUGAUCAUGGAUUCACAUACAGAACUGAUGUCCUCUCUCAAUGACUUAUAGAUUACUUUCAUCUUGCCGUUCCUCUGUUUAAACUCAUCAAGCUGACCCUAGGAGAACGGCAAACUGUUCUUCAGGUCCUGGACCUCUCUGGUCAGGUCGUCCAUUAUUUUAUUAGUUGACUCCACCAGUAUUUGGACACAACACUUGAAGCUAUUUUCUUGUUGUUGUAACAACUGCUUGUAGAACUAUUUUUGUUUGUUUAAAAGAUCCUUCACCUGUGAUAGAGAGACACCACUGUCCUCAACUUUACUCCCGCCGGCUUUGGUCUUUGUCAUGGUAGCAACGUAGGUUACGCUGUACUCCUCGCAGUUCCAGACAUGGCAGGUCGCAGGGAAGAUUGGAAACAACAACAGCAAACUUCAGGGAUCUAGACAGCCACAAGCCCGGUACAAUCCACGGUCCCAGCCACAAUGGCUAAACGCGUCGCGGGCUGAGUUCUAAACUUCAAGAAAACCUAGCUAGCUGCCUAUCAAGCUAGCUAGCUGCUACACCAAACAGCUUCUCAGACCCGGCCUUGGUCAGCAGGAUUACUGGACAGAUAGUAGCGGUCCCAGCAAAUGGCAUCCGAUUUGUUGCAUUACCGCCACCUACUAGACUGGAGUACAACUCCCUUAUAUUUUGCUUGAAAAAUAAAAUAAAGAAAUACCCUACCAUCUAACACUACACUCACAUAUUCAAAAAUAUAAUUAAUAAUUAACACCACCCUACUGCACUAUUUAAAUAUAUUCAUUCCUACCUCAUGCCCUCAACCUAAAAUGAUGGGACAUCACCACGUAACACUCCCUGUAACUCUUCUGAUGUCAAGUCUUGCACACCCAAAGACCUCUCUGCAGCUGCCACCACAACCUCAAUUUUCUUCGACUUACGUUCCAUCCCUGCAGUACAAUUAAUAACCAUUGCUAUAAACGCUAAAAAUCCAAUCUUACUGAAACAUAUAUCACUUGUUGGCCUAUCCCUCUGUACUGGUACAUAUCUACUACUCUCACCACUCCUCCCCUUGACCCAUCUUCCUCUACUUUCUUCAAUGCCUCAGCAUAUGACAACUUCUUCACUACUCUUACCCUGGAAACCUCAACCUGCCUCUCUCGCACGGGACAUUUCUGAUCCCCAGUCCCAUGGGCACCCCUACAAUUAGCACAUACCACUACUUUCCCCAAUGCUACACAUUCCUUUGUCUCAUGCCCUUCUGCACACUUCUCACACCUUGGAACCUCCCUCCUACACACUGCUGCCAAAUACCCAUAAGUUUGACACCUGUAACAUCGUAACGUAUUUGGCACAUAAGCUCGUACAGGAUAACUUAUAUAUCCUAACUUCACUUUGUCAGGCAAAGACUCAAAUUCAAAACUCAAAAGAACAGACAAUGACUCUUCUGUUUCCCCACUCUCGCCACCCUGUUUGCGUCGCACCAAACGACGAGCAUCACAAACCCCGGGAAUCAACUUUUACAUCUACUGCUACCCCAGUAAUCACUCCUUUCAAUGGCGCCCUUUUCUUGAGGAUGAAACAAUUCACAAUUCUUUCCCCCAUUUGUUUAACUCUGAGCGCCUUCUCCUUCUGACCAACAGAAACACAAACAAUUAUCACUAGACCACUUCUGGUUACCCUCACCGAUUCCACUAUACCCAACGCUUUUUUCACCCAAAAAACCACAAAUGGAUCAGCCGAAAGGCAAGGGUCCACUUUUUCCAAAAACUUCACUCCUACUGUCACAGACUCAUCUUUAUCCUGACCCUCUGUGCAAGCCUCGGGCCCUGAGUACUUCACCACACCUACCACAUCCGAUACUUCACCCUCAUUCACUUCAAUUUCUCCUCCUGUCUUCAGCUCACUUUGCUUACAUUUUCUACCGUUCUUCUUUAACAAAGCUCACAAUCUUCCUUCCUCUCUCUCUUAGACCUCCUCUGCCUCUCUUUUUCCUUCCAUUCCUCCUCCGUCAUCCAAGUAUAUGUCUCAUGAUGAUAAUACUGCACUUCUCCUGACAUACAUCUGUUUCUUGCUUUCUCAAUGGAUACCAUUUAUGAGGCUCAAAAGGUAGCUAGCUAGUAACUAAACUUUUUCAAUAUACUUUCAAAACUUUCCAAAACAACAAACAGAGCUCUCCCUCGUUCCGCGUUCAACAGGAAGUGACGCGAGUGGGGAAAUCUGUCCUCGCUGUAACACUGUCAGUGUUUGGUCAUUGUAACACUGUCAGUGUUGGGUCAUUGUAUCACUGUCAGUGUUGGUUCACCACUGUAAAACAGUCAGUUUUGGGUCCUUGCUGGAACUCUUUUAUAACUGUGUUGUGUUUCUGUACUGUAGGACCAUCCUGAUGGGAUGACUCUUGUGAAGGAGGAAGGGGACAAGGACGACAGCAAGCAGGAGCCAGAGGUGGUGUACGAGACCAACUGCCACUGGGAGAGCUGCCACCGGGAGUUUGACACCCAGGAGCAGCUAGUGCACGUGAGUACCUGGUCAUUCAGUAUUGUAGCCUUCAUUUCCAGGAGGCAGAAUCAAUAUGAGACUAUGGCGUCUGGUUUUGCGAUACAACCUCUAUCAAUUUAAACUUCAAAACUUUAUGAUCCAUUUAGAAUGCAAAUAAUAGCGCAAUAAAUAGGGAACAAGGUUUAGGAGUCCAUUUUAGGAGCCCCCAACUCCUCCAAGUCAACUGGUCCUAUAGUUCUCCUGGACUUCUGUCCCCAGCCCUAACACCCUCUCCACACUCUGGUCCAGCAGCCUCCCCUGUAUGUCACCAUGUUCAGUGUUCAGUACAGAGUGUUCUGCAGCCUACAGGCAUUGAGUAAUGCACUUGCCGGAUUCCAGAUUGGUUUCGGGGACGAUGGUUAAUGGCCUCAAAGGCUGCCGAGCACGUCUCUGUUGUGCUACGACACUAACUGAUUUGGCCGGCACCGACUAGACUCCGAGUCCUGCACAACCAGGCCGUGAGCCUCCACUGUUCUGUACUGUAUACAAGUCUGUACCGUAUUGACUGUAAUAUACUCCCCCCGUCUGUCAUACAGCUCCUCACACUUCCCUGGAGAUGGAUGACUCUCAUCCUGUAGAGCCUGAGGGCCUAUUCUUAACCCAAAUAUGAAUGAUAUUACAGUAAUACUGUAUCACAAGCACUAUGGACGCCACUUACACUGAUGCUAUUACUGCUGCUGAUGCCGCUGGUGCUGGACUGGUCUCCCCUGUGACCGGCUGUGUGCUACUUACCACUAGGCCCACUGAGAAGGGAGAUUUGACUUUACACUCAGUGUUUGAUACAUGAGAGCUGGAGCUGAGGGGCUGAUGGUGAGAAGGAAGCCACCGUGGUGUCCCUUUCAACUGCAUGUAUCCUAUCGUCAAGCACACACACACACAUGCACGCACACACAAACACACACACACACAGACACACACACACACCAACCACCCCCAUCAGCACACAUCUGAAAUAAAGAUCCCCAGCUCUCCACGGCUGUCUAUCCCGGCGUCUGACAUUGCAAUCCGCGGCCGCGGCGGUAACCCCUAUCUAUAAUUGAUAUCCUCAGCGCGGAAUGGGCUGCCUCCCGCGUUUGAAGGGCUCUGCUCAAAGGUUGAGGAUCUUGACAACUUCUUGCCCCUGUUUCCGUGGGGCAGGGGGAUUUGGGCUGGGGGGAGGGGGGUGCAUCAUACUGGGUAAGAGCUUGUUCACUCUCCUUUUAGUUUCACCAGGUGACCGUCUGUCUGAGCCUAACAAUGUCCACUCUCCACACACUAACUGUCCUAACCUCACAUAGGUUUCACUGUUGUGCAUCUGAGAAGAGAUAUUGUUCCAUGUAAGGAAAUAAUCAACACAUCCUCAUUGUCUUUUCCCCUUGAAAGUUCACUCAGAAUAGUUUUUUUCUCUCUGUCAUUGUAUUUUAUUUCUCAUUUUAUAUGCCCAUGCAGAUAGGGGUAGCCGGGACAUGCUAAUUAAACUAUUUGCCUAGCGAAUCCCCCCCUCGAAUUCAGCGAGUGGGGGAGAAAACCCUCUUAUCUCCAACCCUCCCCCUCCUCACCCCCACCCCCUUCAGUAAUAGGAUAAGUACAGUAUUUGGACCACAGUGUCUCUCCUCUAACGCUGGGGAGGGGGGGUUUCCAUACAGCCAAACAAUGGGAUAUCCCCUCCCCCUUUAUUUAAGCUUGUCUUCUAGAAUGGUUAUAGAGAAAAAUAAUAGAAUAUGCUUCCAGUCUGGCUUUGAUUAGUAGUGUGAGGUAAAGUUAACAACAGUUUUCUGUUCUGAUACAUUUGGAAUUGUUUGAUUGUUUUCUAUCGAUUGUUCUUUGUCGAUAGUCUGAUAUUAGUGACGUAAAAACUCUAAAUUAAACUGCUAUUUGAAACAAGUGAGGUAAAUUAUACACUUCAAAACUACUAUUUGAAGUGUUAAAAAAGUGAUGGUUACAUAGAUGAAGAUGAAUUAAUCCCUUUGUUUUUGGCUUGGUUAAUUUUAGAAUUUAAAUCCGCCAUACACCACCCUCAUUGCUUUCCACCUUGUUCAAAAGCGGCUCCUGUCGCGCUCCUGAUGCAUAUUUUUACACUCUACAAACGCACUCGCACCAGGACGCGCUGUGCCGUUCCUUUAUCAUCUGCGUUUAAGCGCUCUCGGUGCCGCCGAUAAGAUAAACAUCGCAUCUACGCAAUUUAGCUCACUUAUCUGGCCUACCCAGUCAGCAAAAGCGAGGCGGGUGUCAAUUUCCAGUUGCUCUAUUUAUUUAAUUUAUUUCUCCCUCUCUCUCCAUCACUUAUUUUAACUCUGCCUCUCAACAUCAACCUCCCUCCCUUCACCCUCUCAAGCUCCAGUACCUUUUUUAGCAUCACUCUCUCGCUCCCUCUCUCAUUUUCUCUUUCGUUUUCUCUCCUCUUCCUCUGUACGCUCCGAGGGAGCACUUUUAAAGAUAAGCGGUUGGUGCUGGAUUCUUUAAUGUCUCUGUCUGAGAUGUUUGGGGGGGUUUUGAACUGGGGUGGCUUUGGAGAGAUGUUGCAGAGACUAACUGGGGAGGGAUCAGAAAGGGUCUCAAAUGGGGUGACCCUGAGACGGGGUGUGUGUGUGCGUGCACGCAUCUGUGUGUACGUGCACACAAUCCGCACAUGCAUGUUGAAAGUAGCGGUCAACUUCGACUCUCCCCCCCACCUUGAUACAGUGCUAUUCUGGGUCAUCUCCCUAGGUGGCGCUGUAAUGUUCUUGUUCUUAGAUGGAGAUGGCAUGAUGUUAGCAUUAGCUCCCCUGUUAGCUCCCCCAGUAUACAACCAUGCUAUAAGGCUGUGGUUGCAGCCUGCGUGCCUCCCUGGUGUUGAGGGGAGAUAAAGUUGGGCUCAGUCAGAAUGCGGCCCCCUCUCCGCCUGCUGGCGCAACCCUUUAAUUGGUAAAAUGCAGAUUCUUUUUUGAUCAGGAGAAGGAUUAGGUACCUUAUCUGUCUGGAGUAUCUUACUCCAAGAUGAAAAGGCUGUGCUGAAUUACACAUGCCAAUUCUAACCCCCCUCCCUCUCUCCAUCUCCUUCCCUCCUUCCCUCCCUCCUUCCCUCCAUCUUCCUCCCUCCUUCCCUCCCUCCUUCCCUCCAUCUCCCUCCCUCCUUCCCUCCAUCUUCCUCCCUCCUUCCCUCCCUCCUUCUCUUCCUCCUUCCCUCCAUCUUCCUCCCUCCUUCCCUCCCUCCUUCCCUCCAUUUUCCUCCCUCCUUCCCUCCCUCCUUCCCUCCAUCUUCCUCCCUCCUUCCCUCCCUCCUUCCCUCUCUCCUUCCCUCCCUCCAUCUCCCUCCCUCCUUCCCUCCCUCCUUCCCUCCAUCUCCCUUGCCUCUUUUCCCUAUUUUUUCUUUCUUUACACAAAGUGCUUCAGCAAUUGACAUCACAAAAGAGCAUAUGAUUUAUUAGGCUCUGUUUGAUAAAGCUAAACGGUGUUGCGGGUCCCACAGCUUAGUGAAAUUGCCUUGUAAACAGGCCCUAUUUUCAUGCACGCUUGCAUUCUAAUGUAUGUCCCAGAAAGAGCUUGAUAAGGAUACACUGUAGAUGGAUUUUGAAGUGGUGGGGGAAAAUGGAGGAAAGUAGCUAAGUAUUGAUGGGAUUCUGUGUAUCUGGUGUGUUUAUGUGCAUGCAUGUGUAGCUAUAAUACAUGCACAGCAAAUUCUCCAGUGUCAAAUCAACACUGAGAGUGUUAAGUUUAACACUGAAAGUGUGGACCCGUAUAGACACUUGAACAGUGUUAAAUUAACACUCUGCUUAGUGUAAAGCCUUAUUUUUAUAUUUCCCAUGGUGCCUUGCCUUUCGAGUGAAUUGUAGAGAUACCAUCCAUUACUGCAUUUCUUAGUGACAGAGACAUGUUUGUUGCAUUCAUCCAUUUUCAGUCCUUUGGAAUUCACCAAGUAAGAUCCUAAGCGAAUAUGUUAACAUUAAAAUGUAAUUAUUUAACACAAUACAAUACGUAUUUCAUAAGGCCUUAUUUUGAGGGCCUAGAUUUACCCUAAUAUAGUGGCCUAAAACUCAUGGUUUAGAGGCCACAGCAGGCCUGCAAGUCACAUUACACUGGCUUGCAAAGUGACGUGUAAUUCCUAUUGGAAUCUAGUGAUGUUACGUUUGAUACUGGAGCUCUGAGGCAUGCGUCAAAAUCGCUAAGCAGCUAACUUCAAAGCAGUGUGCCGAUGUGUGCAUCACUUUAUCAGAAGUACGUCAUCAAUGACGUCCAAAGCUUCGUUUGAUCAUGUGGGUUUUCCAAAAUGCAGGAACCCACUGAUUUUGCCGUGGUUCCGGUGCUUUCUUCGAUUAAGCUGCUUUCAAACACCGACCUCUACUGGAUACGGUACAUGUAAUUCCAUCUGACCGUUUUUUUUAGCAGGAAUCCCAUUGAAGUCACACUAUUUUGUGAAACCACACUUUUCUGCACUGUUGUUCAAAUAAAUGUUUUAUUUAGUAUAGUAUAAGCUUCUGUCAUAAGCAUCCUAAAUAAUGCCAUAGAUUCAGUUUUCGAAAAAGAGUAAACGUGAAGGCAAAAAAGGGAAGCAUGAUGUAAGAUGCAAACCUGGUAUUCCAGCUGAUUAUAGGCUAUUAAAGCCAACGACUUGCCGCUGCGCAAUGGAGUUUUGAUAAAAUCAUUGGAGAAAAAAUAAUAAUCUGAUAAUCACACGUUGCUAUUUAUUGCUGACCAGCAGAUGUCACUAAUUGUGAACAGAUAAGGAAGCUCUGAGUAAUGAACCUAUUUUCGACACAAUUGGCUGGAAAGCCUCAAUGCUUCAGGAAGCUUCGUUUCCCCGUCACUAUUGGAAUCCAGCCAGAGUGGGGAUAGCCAACCUUUGGAAUUUGUAAUCACCUGCAACCUGCAUUCAGAAUGACUCCCAGGGUUGGGAAGACAAUGAUAUAAGACUACCUAAAGCAUCUAAACUGGAACAACCAUUUCAGUAACGGGUGCAAUAAGUCCAAGUAACAUAUUAGUUUAGAAAAUGUAUGUAAUUUAUAUUUGAGUAGCAAAAUAUUAAUUAACCAAUCAAUGUACAAAACAUAGAUAUUGAAACAAACAGUUCUAAAAAUCAACCUACAAUAGAGCAUGCUGGGAAAUAUGAUAAUGAUGGGCAUGGUUUUGGUUCACUCUGUUAUUAACAACAACACAGGGGUUAUUUUACACCAAUGAGUGUUAAUUUAACACUUACAGUGUUACUUGUUCUGUUACACUGAAAAAUCAACACUAGGUAACACUGGCCAAUUUGCUCCGUGGGUGUAAAUCCAUGAAAUUAUCUUUGAGUCUGGAGUGAGUAAAAAAAUAAAAUAUAUACAUUUCCUUUGAGUAUAUUUUGUACCUGUCCUAUACAAAUAGUGCACAUCAAAUUGUGUGUGUGUGUGUUUGUAUAUCAGUGUAUUAUAUCAGUGUGUUAUACACUGUAACAUUGGUACGUCACUUUAUAUCUGUAAGCGUAUGUGUACUGUAGUGUGUGUGUGUGUGUGUCUGAGUGGCCGAUAAGCUGGCAGGGUGAAGAUGAAUAACCCGCUUGUGUGCUGUCGCCACCGCAGCUAUCAGCACCAGUUUGUCCAUUACGCCAGGUCCAACACGGCCUGUCUGUCCAUCCGCUCAGCAUUGAGAUUAUUGAUUCAAUACAAAUUGCCAUUAGAUAAUGACCAUUAGGGUCGUCUGCGGCCUGGACCCCUCUCUGUCAGUGCCGGGCCCCAUGCAUCACGACCGUCAGUGGCCCCUGGUCAUUGGUACAUUGCUCUCAGCUAGGAGAUAUCGAACGGCGCGCGGCGCAGACUGAUCGCUUGCCACAGGGAUUCCCUCACAGACGGAGGGGAAAAGGGAGGAAAGGAGCGAGGAGCGGUUUUCCGUGUUGUGACGGGAGGAGGGAAGAUCAAUCUAAGGGAAAACGAAUGUCCACGGCUCUCGAUCUCCACUCCCCAAUCGUUUUCUCUCUGGGAUUAUAAUUUUUUUUGUCACUCCAAAAGUGUAAACGUGUCAGGUUGAAAUGAAUGGAGAACCAUUGUUGAUACAUAAAGUAAAUUGGAGCCGGAACUUAACGAUUGCAUUGUGUAACGUAUUGAUGUAGUUGGACUCUGAGAGCAGAACAGGGCAGGAAAGUGCACGUGGCUGGUGAAGAGAUGCCAGUUUUAGUGCACUUGUUCCGUCAUCAUAGGGGCUGUGUAGGACACCCCUGGCUCCCACUACAUAGGGGGUUAGUUAAGUGCAAUUGUUCUGAGACUCGAGGGCCCAUGGGGGCCUUUCUCUUGAAGUAAGGUCCGUCUUCAUAGGGUUCUGUCUGUUUAGGGGUACAUCCCUUCCUUUGAUGGGAACAAAGGUACUGUGACGGUGCCCUGGUCAGGACCCCACUGGCCUGUGUGUUGGGUCACAUACUGGACAGGGGGAGGGGCUGCUGGCUGGGGACAAUGCUACCUUUGUCUGGGGACUGUCAUGCCUGGAGGUGCACAGCAAGUAACACACUAGCAGUUCAUCAUACACACAGUCUCUCUCUCUCUCUCUCACACACACACACACACACACACACACUGCCCUGACUUCUUGGAAGUGUCUUUAUAAGUAUGUGGGUUCUUCAGCAGUACAGUAGUUGAAGAGGCAGGACACUACAGACACAGGCUGCCUUUGUGUCAUAAAGUGGAAUGGGAGGAUGAACUCCCCUCCCUCUGCACAUCUUUACCUCUAACACUCUCCCCCUAUCUUUUUCUGAUUCUUCUCUUCUGCUCUUCCCUUCCUGUUGUUUGGUUGUUCAAAUGUGUUACAAGAAAAUAUAAAGAUACUCUAACAAUGAUUUGUUUCUCCCAGACCUCUCAAAGUCAAGUCUGUAUUUAUCCCCCUCUUUUGUUCCCAUCUCUCUCUCUCUCUCUCUCUCUCUCUCUGUAUUCCCCCUAAGGCAGAGGUCUCUCUCCCACUCUCUGCUCAGGAAUGUAAUAAGACGGGUUCCUUUUGGUCAGGAUAUUGUGUCUGUCUCUCUUAUUUUAAAUUGCUCUCAGAAAGGCCCUUCAGAGGCCACCACACUACACUGUUGUCUUUGUGAGAGGGCCAGAUGUUGACUUCAUCCCCGGAGGAUUCCAUGUCAGUCUGCCUUUUUUUUUCUUCUUCUCUUUUUCUUUACCCCUCUCUCAUCCCCCUUUAACCGUCCACUUACCCCUUUAUACUGGUCAGUGUGUAAGACAGAAAGAGAGAGAGAGAGGGGGGGAGUGAGAGCGAGAGAAAGCAGGGUGUCUCAUGCUCACUAGAUAUAAUGCUUCGCUGGAGUUGUAAAGCCCUGGCAUUUGAGAUGCUUUGAGUGAACUUCGGAUUUUCUCGCCCCCUCCCCCCGUCCCUCCCCUCCCGUCCUCCCGCCCCCCCCCCCAUAAGCCUCAGAUUGGAAGUUGCCACGGCAGCACAACUGUCAGCACUUGUCACGGAGGGGCAGGAGCCCCAAUGUGAUGGGAAGUGACAGGGUUUUAUUUGAAAAGCCUGUUCAGAUCGGACACUGAGACUCACAAGUCUCCUGUUUAUUCCUCAGAGUACAAAUUUGAACAGAAGAAAAAGGAAUGGAGAGGAUGAAUAUGAAACAAUGGGAGGAGAUAGAAAGUUAGCGAGAGAGAGGGAAAAUUAUUGGGGAAACAAUGAUGGAUGAUAACAGAAAAGAAAGCUAAGAAAAUAUAUGAUGAGGAAGGAACUUCAGUAGGGAUUUAAUGGACUUGGCACGACACUUUACAAAGUAAAUAUUAAGUCUCUGUCAACUAUUGACCUCUGUGUGAUUUGGUCCUUAUUUUGAAUGUUCCUUAUCCAUUAGAGACAUGUUUUCCCCACUCUGUCAUGUGCAUACAUACAUGAUGUGUGCAACAGAAAGAGUUAACUUUCUCCAACUGUUGUUAAUUGCUUCCUACUGCUUCCUCCUCUGUGACACUCAGAGUAUGUGAGCAGAGUUGAGCGGUCGGCAAUCCCGCUCAUCGCUCAUGGAGUGGUGCGCUACAAAAACGCUCUGCGCUCACAAGAAAUAAAACUGCCGCUCCAAAUUCACUCCAUUCAUUAAAAUCACAAGUUGACCAACACCCAUCUAUUUUUGUGACUACUUGGACCUACCAUUUGAUUUUUAAGUAUUGAAAUCAAACCAUAUGAUUUGAAUGAAAAGUAUUUUAAUAAACAUGAAAAGGUGAAUGUAAGAAUCACACAUAAUUUCAAAUAGGCUACUUGUCAAAUUAAACAGCAUAUAAACACUCUAAAUAGGUCAGGGACAUUAAGCACUCAACAUUUAAACAACAUUUCAUUGUAUUAAAUCAUUAUAGUCUAUAAAUUGUGCAUAUAGGCUGUGACUUACUUAGAAUUAAAUACAAAUUAAACAAAAAAUGCCUUAUUAGGCUCAGUGCCUUUGAAUCCAUUAUUAAAAACACGAGUUUGGCCAGAGUCUGUGGCUUCAGGUUCAUGCGAUGGUGCCUGGAGAGCAGGCCAGCAGCGGAGAAUAUCCUCUCCACGCUUGCAGAGCCACUGGGGAUACUAAACACCCUUUUGGCCACUUGCCAGGCUGGACAGGGAUGCAGGGUUGUAUUAUUUUUUCUAUAGAUAGGCCUAAAGGUUUUUAGGCAAAAUAACUCAAUCAAAAUGGAAAGCUCCUUGAAAGUUGGAAUAUGCCAGGCCUAUUGUGCCAAAAUCAAUUAUUAUUAUAAUAUAACAUCUGAUUUUUAGUUUAUAAAUACUUUGCUACAAUGACACACUUAGCAUUUUUAGCAUUUGCACAUAGUAAGUACACCAUCAUGCUUUCGGGAUUCGUGUCUUUUCAGAUUCCACAAUGAUUCUUUAGUUGUGGACACUACAUCACCGCACUCCCUCUCUUGCUCCUGGUCCUCAUCUUUGUAAGUCACCUUGAUUUUGCACCUGUGUGUUUGAUCAGUUUCUUUAUGAAAAUAUUUAGCGAACUUCAUGACAGUAGCUUAAGCAAGGGGCUAUGGCAGCACACAAGUACACUAUAAAUGCAUGCUGGGCCAGGCAUGCCCUGAGCUCGUGAAGUGAGUGCUACUGGAGCGAAAUUGGAGCGGGCGAGAAGGCUGACGCUCCAGCCUUUGGGAAUCUCGCUCCACGCUCCAGUCAAAUUAGGCACACUCCACAACUCGCUCCGCUCCAGCUCCGCUCCGCUCACAUACUCUGGUAACACUGCACCUAUUCUGGGUCCCUUGGCCACCUUGUGGUGCUCACCAGUCACUACACGCCUGGUUAGAGCAGCUUCAGUACAGACAAAAUACUGUUGACUCAUACCGGUCUUGAUUCAUAGUGAAUUAUUGAAUCAUAAUGAAUCAAUUGAAUCAUAACAAAUCACAUUGAAUCCAGAUUUACAUGUGAUUGACCACUGCUUGUUUCCUCUCUCAGCAUAUCAACAACGACCACAUCCACGGGGAGAAGAAGGAGUUUGUGUGUCACUGGGAUGAAUGUUCGCGGGAACAGAAGCCCUUCAAGGCCCAGUACAUGCUGGUGGUCCACAUGAGGAGACACACCGGGGAGAAACCACACAGAUGCACCGUAAGAACGCUCCCACAACACUCUCACAGUGUUUAUUUUACGUCCAUGGGCUUAGAUACAUAAAGAGAUAGCUGUUGUUAGAUGGCUGUGAGUAUGUGAUGAUGGUGCAUCCUUACAUUUAAUAAACAGUCUGUCACACUUCUACCUUCGUCAGUUAUAUAUAUUGUUGAGGUAACUGGUCUCUGCCAGGAUGAAGCGUUAGAGCUGUGUUUGAUGAGUGUGUGGUUUCCCACUCCUCCUCGCUCUCUUUUCUCAUUCUUCUUCUUCUGUGCAGUUUGAGGGAUGUCCCAAGGCCUACUCUCGCCUGGAGAACCUGAAGACCCAUUUGCGCUCCCACACUGGAGAGAAGCCGUACGUCUGUGAACACGAGGGCUGCAACAAGGCCUUCUCCAACGCCUCAGACAGAGCCAAGCACCAGAACCGCACACACUCCAACGAGGUACACACACACACACACACACACACAUAAACACACAUGUUCACUCACAGCACGCACACACACACACAGCUCAGCAACAAGUAAUCUCCCUACACCACUGACUAAGCAGUUCAUUGCUGGAGGCCUUUAGAAACAGAAGCAUCCUGUCACUGGCCCCAUCUGUUCUCCUCUCUCCUUCCAGAACAUAGAAUGAAAUAGAACAGUAUACUAAUAUUCUAUACUAAUAAUAUAAUGCAUCUCUAUGUUCCAGAAACCCUACGUGUGUAAGAUCCCUGGCUGCACCAAGCGCUACACAGACCCCAGCUCCCUACGCAAGCACGUAAAGACUGUGCACGGGCCAGAGGCGCACGUGACCAAGAAGCAGCGCAGCGACGCCUACCCACGACCCCCGCCACAGUCCCGGGAGGGGGGAAACGGACAGGGCCGGUCGCCAGGGCAAGUAGGGGGGUACGCAGACCAAAGGGAGUACAACCACGCUACCUCGAAACAGGAUGAAUGUCUGCAGGUCAAGUCCAUCAAGACGGAGAAGCCUAUGGUGAGCCCCUCUCUGAGGGCACACAGUAACACACACUGCAUGAUGGGAUAACCCUAGAAAUAGAAUUACUGCUGUUGGUCCACCCAUCACGGAAUGUUAAAUUGGAUGGGGAUGCCCGUUCUAGUAAUUAUAUUUCUAUGGGGAUAGCAGCCCAUCUCUAUCUGAAAUGUCACCUUAAUAGUUUCUAACAAUGCUCUACUGAGUGUACAAAACAUUAAGAACACCUGCUCUUUCCAUGCCAUAGACUGACCAGGUGAAUCCAAGUGAAAGCUAUGAUCCCUUAUUUAUGUCACUUGUUAAAUCAGUGUAGAUGAAAGGAAGGAGACAGGUUAAAGAAGGAUUUUUAAGCCUUGACACAAUUGAGACAUGGAUUGUGUCUGUCUGCCAUUCAGAGGGUGAAUGGGCAAGACAAACGAUUUAAGUGCCUUUGAAUGGGGUAUGGUAGUGGGUGCCAGGCGCACUGGUUUGUGUCAAGAACUGCAACGCAGCUGGGUUUUUCACGUUCAACAGUUUCCCGUGUGUAUCAAAAGUGGUCCACCACCCAAAGGACAUCCAGCCAACUUGACACAAAUGUGGGAAGCAUUGGAGUCAACAUGGGCCAGCAUCCCUGUGGAACGCUUUCGACACCUUGUAGAUUCCAUGCCCUGACGAAUUGAGGCUGUUCUGAUGGCAAAAAAGGAGGGGUGCAACUAAAUAUUAGGAAGGUGUCCCUAAUGUUUGGUACACUCAGUGUAUAUUCACUUUAACUCUAACCAUGUAGUAUACCAUGAUGCUCACUUAAACCUAACCUGAUUACUGGGACGUCAGCCAGGGAUGUCUACAGCACAUGAGUUUUAUGUGUGAUCUAACCUCUUCGAAUAACCCUAUAACAAAUGAAUGUUUUCUUCUGUCCAAUGCUCCGUGCAUUACUCUUCCCUCUCUCUCUAUGGACAGUGGGUAAUCAGGUGAGAUAGGUGUCCUUUCAUGUUGCCAUGUUGCAUUUGUAAAAACCCUCGUGUCUCACUCACCUUGUUAACAUCCUUUCAGUAGCCAUUUCAUCCAAAAUGAGUCUGUUUUCCUCUUAUCCUCCUCCCUUAUGGCAUCAUCAUUUUGCUCAUUAGUCAUCUUUACAAAACUGUCCACGGUCGCUGCCAUUAUGUUUAAUUUUUUUUACACACUUCACAUUGCAAUGUGGCAAUGAGAAAUUGUCUUAAUUCUCAUGAAAACAUUUUCUUAUUUUGGAGAGUCAUGUUUGCCCAAAGCAAGUUAAAUGCCUUGGGGCAGAACUAAGUACAUUUCCAACAGUGUUUAUGUGUAUUAAAAGUAUGCCCAACACUGCCUAGGGCUCUAUUGUGCAGCCAAAUGCAUUUGGUGGAAUCCGGCCCAUUCAAACUAAAGGAAAGGAAUGUCUCGCUUUGCAGUUUUGCACCGUGCCAAAAAGUGAUUAUUUUUCUCUUCACUGAUCUCCAUUUUGGGUAAAUCAGAGUAAACAACCCUAUUAGGCCUUAGUCAGUCUGAAAAGAAGCCUUUGUCCACCCCCUCCCCCACCCCCUUGUCUGAAAAUAGUCUAAACCCCACUACCUCCUCAGGAGUGUUUGUUAUAGAGUCUGGACCGGUCCAUUGGACGGCACACAGGGGAGGCGUUACUCAUGCUUCCGUAAUUCACUUGACAUUGUUUACAAAACAGAAGACAUUGGACAAACCCACAGCUCUGAGAGAGUAAAGUUUGUCUGUGUUUAUGUCUAAUGCUGUAAUGACAGUUAAGUGCAAACCUGGUCUAUAGAUAUGAAGGUGGUAUUAGGUCAUGCACAGACUGAAUGCGUUAAUAUGACCAAUCACAAUCAGCAAUGUCUUUGUGUUAUUGUUUACUCCUGUGGAAAGCAUGUCCCAGGCAGCUGCAUCACAUGGUGUCAUCAUGUGUUUUAAUCAUAUGGCUCAGACCUUUGAGAAAAUGAAUGUGUCCUCAAUGUGUCACAUGUAGUUGGUAAUAAUCGAGCUCUAUACUUCUUCUCAUCCCUUCCCGUUUUUUUUUCUUCUCUCUCUUACAUCUGUUUUCAUCUUUUACUUGAUCCCCCACCCCACCGCAGACGUCUCAGCCAAGCCCUGGCGGUCAGUCUACAUGCAGCAGUGACCAGUCCCCCAUCAGCACCUAUCCCAGCCAUGGAGUCCAGCUUGCUGUGAGGGGAGGGGUGGUGGGACUGGGCGAGGGGCCGGGAGAGGAAGACGAGGAGCUGGAGGAGGAGGAGGAGGAGGGGUUGGAGGAAUUGGAGGGGGGCCGUGACGCCCCCAUCAUGGAUUCCACGGUGUCGACAGCCACGGCGGCUACGUUGGCGCUGCAGGCAAGGAGGAACGUGGGCCGGCCCAUGAGAUGGAUGGAGCACAUGAAGAUGGAGAGGCUGAAGCAGGUGAAUGGAGGAGGUGGAGCCCUCAUGCCCAGGCUGGGCCCCCUGUCCCCCACACCGCCACCCAAGGGACCUGCCGUGCUGGGUAAGGAUCCACCAUGCUCAUAUCCACAACCCUGUCUGGGUCCUCUGAGGCCAUGCUUAUGUUACACAAAGAAUAAUAGUGUUUUAUUACAGGGACUUAUGCUGAGAAGUGUGUUUUACACACUUGACUCCAUGGACAUUCAAUAUCGGUAAAGGCCAAUAGAUAUGUAAAAUAAUAUUGACACUAAUUUUGGGUUGUGAAAAGAACUCCAAAUGUCUCAGCAGAUCGCGGUUUGAUUACCUGGAAUUUCCCCCCCUGCAGAUCGGACUUGAAUUGACAGGCUUAACAUAUGUUCCGCUGGAAAUCAGAAUCAAACCCAUAUCAUAUCACAUCAUAUAUCACAUCAGUGAUUAGAGCAUGUAAUAGAAUUUCAUGGCCAAACUGUGCCAGUUGUGUUUGUGAGAAGGUUGCAUCUGUUUGAGGGAUCUCUCCUCACUUAUAUUGUGCUCAUCUUUCUCUUUCUCCACCCUCUCUUUGUUCCUCCCCCUACACACUUCCACCCUUGUUCUGUCUCUCUCUCUUUUCCUCUCUCUCACUCCCCCCCCUCUCUCACUCCUCAGGUCCAUGCCUGGGCAGAUUAUCCCAGCCCCAGCCUCCUCCUCGUCCCGAGCUGGGCAGCACAGAGCUGACGGUGCUCAGCCUGCUCCGUGGCAUUGAGCACGGUGACCGGCGGGACAGCAGUGGCAGCGCCACCAGUUCAGCCUACCUGAGCAGCAGCCGGCGCUCCUCGGGCAUCUCGCCGUGCUUCUCGUCGCGGCGCUCCAGCCAGGCGUCCCAGAGCGAGGCAGCCAACACCCCUGGUCACCACCGCCGCCACCACAACCUUAGCUCCACCGACUCCUACGACCCCAUCUCCACCGACGCCUCACGCCGUUCCAGCGAGGCCAGCCAGUGCGGGGGAGGAGUGUUUGUGGGUGGAGGGUGGGCGGGCGUCGGGGGAGGGUCCAAGGGGAUGCUCAACCUCACGCCGGCGCAGCACUACAACCUGAAGGCCAAGUACGCUGCUGCCACAGGCGGCCCACCCCCCACUCCGCUGCCCAACAUGGAGCGCAUGAGCCUGAAGACCCGCAUGGCCAUGAUGGGCGAUGGCCAGGAUGGAGGUGGAGGCAACCACGCGCUGCCCCCGCUGGUCAGGCCGCGCCGCUGCAGCGACGGCAGCACCACCAAUGGGUACGGGGGCCACGGCGGGUACCGAGACUACCGGCGAAGCGGCUUCUACCCCGGCGAGGGCCCGGGGAACGGCCCGGACCGGAGGGCCAGCGACCCCGUGCGGACCCACCCUCAGCAAAUCCACCCGGAGUUCUUCGGGCUGCCCCAGGUCCAGCGCUUCAGCAGCCUCAACAACAUCCACCCACUUCCCCCUCUAUCAGGCCUCCAGAACCCCACAGCGGAGGGCCGCAGUUUCAGCCUGCAGAACUACACACGCUCUGAGGGGAAUCUCCAGAGAGGGGGCCUGCUUUCCUCUCCCUGCCCCCCCAGCAUCCUGGAGCAUGUGGCCCUGGAGGCCCUGGCCAUGGAGGAGGAGGGAGCCCUGCUGCUGGGGGAUGAGGACAUGCUGCCUGACGACCUGGUGCAGUACCUCCGCUCUCAGGACCUCCGCUCACAGGACCAGGCAGACUCCUACAACAACCACCUGGAGAACCAUGUGGCUGGGGACAACGGCCAUCUCCCUGGAGGGGAGUUACAGGACCAAGGCCCAGGGCUGAACCAGUGCUUCCACAGUCUCCAGCAGCACCACCAACAGCAGCAGGGCCUGGAGAGAGAGGGCCCCAGUAAAGACGGCAUGCCCAUUCAAUGGAACGAGGUGAGCUCAGGGAGUGCUGAGAGGUCUCCCCAGAGGCAGCCCCAGGUCCAGGCCCAGCAGAGGUGUGGCCGAUGGGCCACCACAGAGCAGCACCAAGGUCUGGGUGCCGGUUCGCCGUUCGGGAGGUUUGGGAACAUGGUGGUGCAGCAGCAACAACAGACGGUUACUACCAGAGACUUCCAGAACCGCUGUGCCCAGCCAGGCCAGCCCCAGCCCCUAUGCAGAGUCAAUGGCGGGGUGAAGCUAGAGGCGACCACCCACUCCUGCAUGGAGAUGAAAGGGAACGGCCACAACCCCACACACACUUUCGGCCGGCCUGACUUCUCCCAGAUCUCUGUGGGGCCUCUGCCCCAGGGCUACAGCCAGCAGCAGUACCAGACCCAGAACCAUGGAACCUCCAGGCAGAUUGGAGAUAACCUGCUCCUUAGCCGGGCCUCCAUGGACAGCCUCUCCAGCCUCUCGCAGGCCUCAGCGCUCCACCACCACCCCCAGGCCCCCGCCCCUCGCCUGCAGCAGGCCAACAGCAGCUACAGGCACCCCGCCAGACCACAGCAGUACCUGAAUGCCCAACAGAGCACCACCAAUGGUAGCCAUGUCAACCUUACCCAGCAGAACCUCACCAAGCAGCAGCAGAGUCUGAGGAACCAAGUCAGUCACUGCUCCCUGGCCCACCAGGUGUCCGGGCUGAAGCUGGAGGCUCCCGACCAGGGCUACCUGGACCAGGGCUUCAGCGACCAGGCUGUGUGCUUUGACCCGGUGGAGACCAAGGCCUUCUCUCCACUGGAGGAGCAGUGUCUGCUGGAGACCAUGACCGAGCAGGUGGGACUAGGCGGGGAUUCCUCGGUCCCGGCCUCCCUCCUCUCCCCGGCGGCUGACCAGGUGACAAGCACGGUGGACAGCCGCGUGGGUGGCUCGGCCAACGUGCUAAACAACGUGUUGGCACUGGAUUUCGGAGCCAUGAUAGAGGACGUGGGGGUAGGCUACAACCAGGGUAGUCUGGUGUCGGGGGUGAUCAGACCCUCCAUCUUCCAGGGCGUGUCCCGGAACUCGUCCCGCCUCACCACACCCCGGGCCUCCGCCACCUUCCACAGCACCGCGGUCAUGAUGCCCUGCAACCUGAGCAAUAUGGCCAUCGGGGACAUGAGCUCCCUGCUCACCACCCUCGCUGAGGAGAGCAAGUUCCUAGCCAUCAUGCAGUAA